CGCCAGCCUUGGCUCCGCGCAGCUAACAGGAUCGAGGCUGGACGCCGCGUGACCCGCCCGGGCCUGAGUGGGGGCGGACGGCGCCUUCUUGGUCCUUUUUGCCUCUAACAGCGGCGCUGGGGUAGUCGGAGCCAGCGACUGGGAAACAGCUGCAUUCCGGCUACCCCUCCUUGGCCUGGCUGGGCGGUCAGAGGCUGGGCUGCCAAGAUUACUGUUUUUGGGGACCGCUGCAGCCCACGCCCACCUAAUAGACUCUUUACUACACGUGGUAGGGUCAAAGCCGCUAAAUGUCCAAGACCAUGGCGAUGAACCUUCUGGAGGAUUGGUGCAGGGGAAUGGAAGUGGACAUCCACAGGUCCUUGUUGGUCACAGGCAUCCCAGAGGACUGUGGCCAAGCAGAAAUUGAAGAGACCUUGAAUGGGGUCCUCUCCCCACUGGGCCCGUACCGCGUGCUCAACAAGAUUUUUGUGAGGGAAGAGAAUGUUAAAGCUGCCCUCAUUGAGGUUGGUGAAGGUGUGAAUCUGAGCACCAUCCCCCGUGAAUUCCCAGGAAGGGGUGGUGUCUGGAGAGUGGUCUGUAGAGACCCUACCCAGGAUGCUGAGUUUUUAAAAAAUCUGAAUGAAUUCCUGGAUGCCGAGGGACGCACCUGGGAGGAUGUGGUCCGCCUGCUCCAGCUCAACCACCCCACACUGUCCCAGAACCAGCAUCAGCCGCCAGAGAACUGGGCAGAAGCUUUGGGGGUGCUUCUGGGAGCGGUGGUACAGAUCAUCUUCUGCAUGGAUGCUGAGAUCCGCAGCCGGGAGGAAGCCAGGGCCCACGAGGCUGCUGAGUUCGAGGAGAUGACAGCCUGGGCUUUAGCAGCAGGGAGGAAGGUCAAGAAAGAACCGGGGCUUGCAACAGAGGUGGGUUCUGCCUUAAAGACGGAGAACCCCAACAACUGGAAUGCCAUGGAAGACCAGCAUGACCCUCCCAAACCUUUGGUUCGCAAGGCUGGAGCUAAGACUCGCUCCAGGAGAAAGAAGCAGAAGAAGAACCCCAAGCAGGAAGCAGUGCCCUGGAAAAAACCCAAAGGCAUCAAUUCCAACAGCACGGCCAACUUGGAGGAUCCUGAGGCGGGUGAUGCUGAAAGCAUGGCAAUCUCAGAGCCGAUCAAGGGCAGCAGAAAGCCCUGUGUGAAGCAGGAGGAGUUGGCUUUGAAGAAGCCCAUGGCGAAAUGUGCCUGGAAGGGUCCCAGAGAGCCAUCUCAGGAUGCCCGGGCAGAAGCCGAGAGCCCAGGAGGUGCCUCUGAGUCAGACCAAGAUGGUGGCCAUGAAAGCCCACCAAAGAAGAAGGCCAUGGCCUGGGUCUCCGCCAAGAACCCCAUGAGGAAGAAGAAGAAGGUGAGCUUGGGCCCUGUCUCUUAUGUCUUGGUCGACUCAGAAGAUGGCAGGAAGAAGCCGGUGAUGCCAAAGAAAGGGCCGGGCUCAAGAAGGGAGGCAUCAGUUCAGAAGGCCCCUCGAGGCCAGCAGUCUGCCGAGGCAACAGCCUCAACUUCUAGGGAUCUGAAGGCCAAGCCAGAAGGCUCUCCUCGGCGUGCCACCAAUGAAUCCAGAAAGGUUUGAUCUGGGGGACCACCAGUACUGAGGAGUUGAAAGAACAAGGAAGAAGUUCCAAGUCAACCAAGUUUUCUCUUGUCACUGAAUAAAAUAAGACUUUGGACUCUCUUAGGGACCCUGUUGAUAGAGAUCUGGCUCUGAGGUAAAUGAUAGGUGAGGUCUUGGGUGGGAGGGAGUUGGGGAAGGGUGGUAGACCUCUAUGCCCUUUUCUCUACCAGGCCUGCCAUUUCACCACCUCCUCUACUCACCUUCCCUUCGGAGUCAGGAGAGUUGGUAAGAAGAUUGGGAAAAUUCUAGAACAUUCAUUCCCCUUCAUGCAUGAGCAGGGUCACUGUUACACUCAUCCAUGUUCAGCCUUUCUCCUGCAUGCCUCGCUCCCUACUCGGAAUGGUCAGCGACCUCUGCAGGCCCUGGCGUUUGGAAGAGCUGGGUGGCCCUGCCGUAUUCUCCCUCCUGCCUUUCUCUCGUGUAACCAGCGGGGUAAGUUAAGCCAGGACCUUCACUGCAAACCUGGCUUCAUUGCCCCUUCAGUCUCCAGCUUCCAUCCUCCAGUUAUCUAGCCAGGAGGUCCCAAGAGUUAGUUUUAGAGAAAAAGAAUGUCUGCCUAGACCUCGAAGUCUUUGAGUUUUAGAGUCUGUUAGUAAAAAUGGCACUUUGAUUCCCAUUUGGGAUGAGCCCUCUCAGGAAUCCUGUGGGGAAGCGGGGUGAUUGUAGGGAAGGAUGCAGGUAUUCCUAGAUCCUCAGCUGUAAUUCCAUCCAUCUACCAAACUGUCACCAUCUUUGCACCAAACGUCACCAUCUUUGUAGCAGAAGGUCACUACUCACGUUAUAUAUAAGUAAGAGGGGAAAGAAUAUUUUAAAACUUGGCUGUUGGCUGGGCGUGGUGGCUCACGUCUGUAAUCCCAGCACUUCGGGAGGCCGAGGUGGGUGGAUCACAAGGUCAGGAGUUUGAGACCAGCCUGACCAACAUGGUGAAACCCCACGUCUACUAAAAAUACAAAAAGUAGCCGGGCGUGGUGGCGCGCGCCUGUAAUCUCAGCUACUCAGGAGGCUGAGGCAGAAGAAUUGUUUGAAUCCGGGAGGCGGAGGUUGCAGUGAGCCGAGAUUGCGCCACAGCACUCCAGCCUGGCGGCAUAGUGAGACUCUGUCUCAAACAA